UUUCCGUCUUCCCCCCCCCGCCCGGUGCCGCCCCGUCGGGCCGUGACGUCACUCACGGGGACGUCCCGGAACCAACGGCUGAACACAGGAGAACACACAAGAACACGCAAGAACAUGCAAGAACACGCGUGUGCAGCCAUGGAGGAGACACGGGAAUGGGCGACCCUCAGCCCCCAGGAGUUCGCCCAGCUCCAGAAGUACAUGGACUACAGCAGCAGGAGGGUGCAGGACGUGCUGCAGCAGUUCUAUGGCACCGGAGCCCUGGAGCAGCACCAAGGGGGCGAGUGUCUGGAUCUCGCCGGGUUCCGGCUCUUCCUGCGCUCGUACCUGGAGCUGGACCCUCCGGAGCCGCUCUGCAGGAGCCUCUUCGCCUCCUUCCAGAGCGGGGGGGGGCCGGGGGGGGCCCCGCAGGCCGGGAGGGGGGUCCCCGCAGGCAGCAGCCUGGUCUCCAUCAGCGAUGUCUCCUGCUACUUCUCGCUGCUGGAGGGGGGGCGCCCUGAGGACAAGCUGGAGUUCACCUUCAAGCUCUAUGACAAGGAUAAUGGGCUCUUGGACAGCUCGGAGGUGGAGCGGAUCAUCACGCAGAUGAUGCGGGUGGCCCAGUACCUGGAUUGGGAUGUGACGGAGCUGGAGCCGAUCCUGCAGGAGAUGAUGCGGGAGAUCGACUACGAUGGCAGCGGGACCGUGUCACUGAGCGAGUGGCUGCGGGGGGGGGUCACCAACAUCCCGCUGCUGGUGCUGCUGGGGCUGGACAGGCACCUGAAGGACGAGGGGCAGCACCUGUGGCGCCUGAAGCACUUCACGCGCCCCGAGUACUGCAACGUGUGCGCGGGGCUGCUGCGGGGGCUGCGCGGGCAGGGGCUGCGCUGCUGCCUGUGCCGGUUCACGGUGCACGAGCGCUGCUCCCGUUGCAUCAGCACCUACGCCAAGUCCCGCAAGGAGGCCGGGGUCCAGGCCCACGUCUGGGUACCGGGCGGCUGCGAUGCCUCCAAGUGCAGCCAAUGCCAGAAGAGGAUCAAGAGCUUCCAGAGCCUGACGGGGCUGCGCUGCGUGUGGUGCCACACCAAGAUCCAUGAGGAAUGCCAGCCCCUCGUGCCCCCCACCUGCGACUGCGGGGUCCUGCGGGACCACGUCCUGCCCCCCGCCGCCAUCUGCCCCGUGCUGCUGGAGCGCCAGGACAGCGGGACAACAGGCGAGGGGACCCCGCAGGGCUUCAGCACCACCGAGGGGCAGCCGCUGCGGGUCAGCCCCGUGCCCGGCACCCACCCGCUGCUCGUCUUUGUCAACCCCAAGAGUGGGGGGAAGCAGGGGGAGAGGGUCCUGCGCAAGCUCCAGUAUCUGCUCAACCCCCGGCAGGUUUAUAACCUGCUGCAGGGGGGGCCCGGCCCCGGCCUCACCUUCUUCCGGGACGUUCCCGACUGCCGCAUCCUGGUGUGCGGAGGCGACGGCACCGUGGGCUGGGUCCUGGAUGCCAUCGACAAAGCCAACCUGCCCCAUCGCCCCCCGGUGGCCGUCCUGCCCCUGGGCACCGGCAACGACCUGGCCCGAUGCCUGCGCUGGGGAGGGGGGUACUCGGGGGAGGACCUGGUGCGGAUCCUGCGGGAGCUGGAGGGCGGCAGCGCCGUGCCCAUGGACCGGUGGCGGGUGCAGGUCCUGCCCCAGGACGCGGCGGCCGAGGGGGACCCGGUGCCCUACGAGAUCAUCAACAACUACUUCUCCGUCGGGGUGGACGCCUCCAGCCAUCGCUUCCAUGUCAUGCGGGAGAGGCACCCGGAGAAGUUUCACCCCAGGAUGAAGAACAAACUCUGGUACCUGGAAUUCGCCACCUCCGAGUCCAUCUUCGCCAGCUGCAAGAGGCUCAAGGAGUGCGUGAGCGUGGAGUGCUGCGGGACCCCGCUGGAGCUGAGCGCGGCGCUGGAGGGGCUGGCGGUGCUCAACAUCCCCAGCACCCACGGCGGCUCCAACCUCUGGGGCGAGACCAAGCGGGGAGCGGGGGGACCCGCGACAGGCACCGCGCCCCCCCCGGCCAUCACCGACACCGAGACCCUCAAGACCUGCGUGCAGGACCUGAGCGACCGGCGGCUGGAGGUGGUGGGGCUGGACGGGGUCCUGGACAUGGGGCAGAUCUACGCGGGGCUCAAGAGCGCUGGGAAGCGGCUGGCGACGUGCUCCGAGCUCACCCUGCGGACAUCGAAGGCGCUGCCCAUGCAGAUUGAUGGAGAGCCCUGGAUGCAGCCGCCCUGCACCAUCAAGAUCACCCACAAGAACCAGGCGCUGAUGCUCAUGGCCCCCCCAUCCCGCUCCUCCGGCUUCUUUGGCAUCAAGAAGGGGACCCCAGAGGCUUGAGGGAGCCGGGGGGGGGUGUCAAGGACCAACCCCCUCCCAAUCCAUGUGUGUCC